AUGGCUUCUCAAACUUCUCAUUCGCGGACUCUCCUCUUCAUUACUCUCGUCUGCACUCUGCUGGUUAACUGCAGUGGAGAGUCUGAUGCCAAUGAAAAGGUAUUCAUUGUAUACAUGGGUGAUCUUCCCAAGGGAGAUUUCUCUAUUUCUUCAAUGCACUUGAACAUGCUACAAUCAGUCAUGGGCAGUGAAAGGGCAUCAAAAUCUUGGCUCUACAGCUAUAGUAAAAGCUUCAAUGGCUUUGUUGCCAAGAUGACCGAGGAAGAAAAGAAGAUAAUUGCUAGCAUGGAAGGAGUAGUUUCUGUGUUCCCUAGUACCAAAAAACAACUCCACACAACGAGAUCAUGGGACUUCAUGGGCUUCCCUCAGGAAGUUAAAAGAACACAAAUUGAGAGUGACAUUAUUAUUGGAAUGUUAGACACUGGGAUUUGGCCUGAAUCGGAGAGUUUCAGUGAUGAAGGUUUCGGUCCUCCUCCAAGUAAAUGGAAGGGAAGUUGCCAAGCCGCCUCUAAUUUCACUUGCAACAACAAAAUAAUUGGAGCGAAAUUUUAUCAUAGUGAAGGAAACAUUAGCUAUCCCGAUAUUCCGUCACCUAGAGAUUCCGAGGGCCAUGGGUCACACACGGCAUCCACAGCGGCUGGAGCCCUCGUGAAAGGGGCAAGCUUGUUGGGUCUUGGCACGGGAACAGCUCGAGGAGGGGUGCCUUCUGCACGUAUUGCAGUGUACAAAAUUUGCUGGUUUGAUGGUUGUUCGGAUGCUGAUCUUCUUGCAGCGUUUGAUGAUGCAAUUUCUGAUGGAGUUGACAUAAUUUCACUUUCAGUAGGAGGGUCUUUUCCUUCAGAUUAUUUUGAUGAUCCGAUCGCCAUUGGUGCAUUCCAUUCUAUGAAAAAUGGAAUACUCACGUCAAAUUCUGCUGGUAAUUCAGGCCCUGAUCCUGAAUCCAUUACAAAUUUCUCACCUUGGUCCCUUUCAGUUGCUGCGAGUGUCAUAGACAGGAAAUUCUUGGCACAGGUCCAGUUGGGAAAUGGCAAAACUUAUGAGGGGGUUUCCGUAAACACAUUUAAUCUCAAAGAUGAGAUGUACUCAUUAGUCUAUGGUGGAAAUGUACCUGCACCAGGUGUUGAUGGCUCCGAAUCAAGGUAUUGCGAUCCCGACACAUUAGACAAAAAACUGGUAGAAGGAACCAUUGUCCUCUGUGAUACAUUAGGUGAUGGAGAACCAACACUAGUCGCUGGUGCAACCGGAACUAUAAUGCAAGAUGACGGAUUCAAAGAUUUUGCCUUCUCCUUUCCCUUAUCGGCAUCGUACUUGGCAUCAACUGAUGGUACCGAAGUUUUUAACUAUAUCAACACGACAAUCAAUGCGACCGCUAUAAUUCUUAAGAGUGUCGAAGCACAACAGAAAUCAGCCCCCUUUGUUGUUUCCUUCUCGUCAAGAGGACCAAAUCCAAUUACAAGAGACAUCAUCUCGCCUGAUCUAAGUGCACCUGGAGUUGACAUUGUUGCUGCAUGGUCAGAAGCAACUACAGUUACUGGAUUGGAAGGAGAUACUAGAGUUGUUCCAUACAACAUUAUAUCUGGAACAUCCAUGUCUUGUCCUCAUGCCACCGGAGCAGCUGCUUAUGUUAAAUCCUUUAACCCAACCUGGUCUCCUGCUGCUAUCAAGUCUGCUUUGAUGACAACUGCUACCCCAAUGAAUGUGACAAUGAACACAGACGGCGAAUUUGCUUACGGUUCCGGUCAUAUCGAUCCAGUGAAGGCUAAAAGUCCCGGUUUGGUAUAUGAUUUGGGAGAAAAUGACUACAUCAAAUUUUUAUGUGGGCAAGGUUACGACACUACGCAAUUGAGUCUUAUUACUGGAGAUAACAGCACUUGCACCCAAGCUAACAACGGCACAGUGUGGGAUCUAAACUAUCCUUCCUUUGCGUUAUCUACAACCUUUGGUGCUUCUAUUACCCGUGUCUUCCAUCGAAUAGUCACAAAUGUUGGUUCGCCAGUAUCCACGUACACAGCAGUUGUUGGGGCGCCAUCCGGACUCAGUAUUAAGGUUGUACCUUCUGUUCUUUCUUUCAAAUCUGUUGGACAAAAACAAACAUUUGUUGUUACAGUUGAAGCAAAUUUGAGUUCGAGCAGGUUGUCUGGUUCUUUGGUGUGGGAUGAUGGAAUGUAUCAAGUGAGGAGUCCAGUCGUCGCCUAUGCUGCCUAA